AGUGAGGAUGUUGAGAGUUAAAUUGGAUCAGAAACAUCUUACAAAAAAAAAAAAAUAAAAAAAUCAAGAGUAACUUACUGUUUUCUGUUUCUUGUCAGGUGCCAGUAAUGUAAAGCCACUGGAUGGUGUGAAAAUUCUUGAUUUAACAAGAGUGCUUGCAGGGCCCUUUGCCACAAUGAAUUUAGGAGAUCUAGGGGCUGAAGUUAUCAAAGUGGAAAGACCAGGAACUGGUGAUGACACAAGAGCCUGGGGCCCACCUUUUGUUGGAACAGAAAGUGUUUAUUUUCUCAGCGUCAAUAGAAAUAAAAAGAGUAUAGCUAUCAAUAUGAAGAAUUCAAGAGGAGCAAAGUUGAUCAGGGAGCUUGCAGCUGUAUCUGAUGUUUUCGUGGAAAACUACGUCCCUGGGAAACUGGCUGAAAUUGGCCUAGGGUAUGAAGACAUUGAAAAGAUUGCUCCUCACAUAGUAUACUGUUCAAUAACAGGUUAUGGACAGACUGGUCCAAUGGUUCAGAGAGGUGGAUAUGACUCCAUUGCAGCUGCCAUUUCUGGUCUCACACAUAUCACAGGGCACGAGGUUGCAUGUCUUACUCAUGUAGCAGCUAAUUACCUGAACUGCAAAAUUGAAGCUAAACGCUGGGGUACAGCUCAUGGCAGUAUUGUUCCAUAUCAGGAUCUGUCUGCAGAUCACUGGGCAGUGUCAUGUAGUAAUACGAGCUGGCAUCAAUUCUUAGAGCAAGAAACAGUCACAGAAAGACAGCCAUGGAUGGGGCUACCCCUUCUCCGUGCUUUUAAGACCAAGGAUGGUUACAUCGUGGUGGGAGCUGGAAAUGAUCAGCAAUUUGUCACUGUGUGCCAGAUUCUGAAUCUAUUUGAAGUCAUUAAGGAUUCCAGAUACAAAACUAAUGAGCUGAGAGUCCAGAACAGAAAAGAACUUAUUGACAUAUUGUCAACUCGGUUUUCAGAAAAAACAACUGUCGAGUGGUUGCAGCUCUUUGAAGGUAGUGGAGUUCCAUACGGUCCAAUCAACAACAUGCAGCAGGUAUUCUCGGAGCCUCAGGUGCUGCACAAUGGACUUGUGAUGGAAAUGGAUCACCCAACAGCUGGGAGGAUAGCUGUUCCAGAGCAAGCCAUUUUCCUCCUUGGCACUUCAGAUAAUUCUUCUUCACUGGACUGGAACCGAAGCCUUUCAGAAACAGCUUUUACUCCCAGUGACAAGACAGAAAUCUCCUGCUCUAGAAGCACCAAAGACUGUUGUGUUCAUCUGGGAUGCCGGCCACUCAAUGAAUUUCUCUUUAGCAAAGCAGAGAGUUUCCCAGAAGAGAAAUUCUGAGAAUCUUGCUUGAGAAUGUCCAAGUGGUCAGAAUAACUACCUGGCACGUGAAGCCUGUUGUUAUAUCUCUGGUCUGAAUGAGGAAACCCCCACUUAGGCCAGGUCCUGUGUAUCCUCCUGAGGUGCUCCCCUGUGUGAGAAUCUGUAGAGUGAGCCUCUGGUCAUACCAAAACUGUUGUUCUUCUAUGUGUUUUUGUAAGGGGACAAUUCAACAAACUGGUAAUGCUUGUGAAUGCCUCUUUUACACAAAUGACCUCUGCCAUCUCUACAUUUUUCUCAGGUUUUCUACCGUAUUACUGUAGUAGUGUUAUACACAAAGCUACAGAAAAUGUUAUCUUCGAUGCUUCUGUUUUUUAAGUAAAACUUUUAAGAGUUUCUCCACUGUUUUUUUUUUUUUUUUCCUUGUGGAUCAGAUAAUGGAACUGCCUUUUUGUUCAGGACAUUGUGUUUGCUUGAAUGAGAAGAUACGGUGACCAGAAAAAGGAAAUUUUACCUCUUAGGGAUCAUAAAACUGCAUGGGCUCUCUGGGAAACAAGCUGCUGUGUUAGAAAAGCAGUGCAGAAGGUGAGGUAGAAAAACACUUUUAAAAGAGCCAAAAAAACCCAACCCAACUCUCUGCUGAUCUUAUAGAGAAAGAAGGAAAGUAUCCUUUGCGAAACAUAGCAGCAUAAAGAGAAAACAUGGUGAUAGGUAAGUUUGGGUGGUGCUUGCCACUCUGAAGUAACUUCUUGCCAACAGUCUCUUAACCUGUGAUAUCCAUAACCCUAAGGCCACUGAAUGGGACCUGAGCAGCUCCUUGAGCUGCCUGUCAUCCUAGUGAUGAUGAUGUGUAGGGGAAAAGCAUUUGGUGUGAUCUUCCCAACUAAGGUCUUGCUCCUAGUGUGAAGGUUCUUCAGAUCUGAAUCUAAGCACUGGAAGAGUCUAGAUCCCAGGGAAUGUUACAGUCUGUAACUGCCUAUACCAAAUAUACCAGGUGAGUUUAAGGCUUGGGCUUUGCCUGGCUCUGAGUUUUUAAUAAUAAAUUUAUGUGCAAGUGAAAACUAGAUACUAUCUUGGCAGCGGGCAAUUUAUAACCAUAAGAUUUUACUUUCAUUUCCAUAGCAACGGUCUAGGAUGCACCUAUAUAUGUAUAUGAAUUGGAUUCUGAUUUUAGCUCUGCCUAUUGAGCCCCAGAAUGUCCCAUUCACUGGCACCAGCAUCCUCAUUCCAUUGAUGGACUGGCUAGCAGAAAUCUUCAUUUGCCUUCCCAACUCCUUAUAACAUGAAAAAGAACAUUGUAAGAAUAAAGAAAUCAGAUUUUAGACCUGAAAUUAUACUAAGAGUGUAAAAUUAGAUGUUCAGGGAUAUAAGCACAUCAGGAUGUUGCCACUGGCUGAGUUAGUGUCUGAAUUUAUAGCACACUGGUGAAUCCUUGCUUAAUGCUGGUGUGCUAUCUUUUCUGCACAGAGAAUAUUAUGCAUUUUACUUGCUAUUCAGUAAAAAGUGCAGACAACCCUAAAGGUUUCGGUAGGAUAGACCAAAUUCAUAAAUGGGUACACAAGAAUAAUAUUUACCUCACACUAUGUAACGUUGUUCUACAUUUUAGGGCUAAAUCGAUAACCUCUGAAAUCUCGACUCCUAUGAUAGAAGGCAGGAAUUCAUGUUCAAUUGGGAGUGUAUCUGCUGAGAAUCAGUGUGCCACUUUUAUACUGACUGAUCAGAAAAGAACUGCACUUGCAAAAGUCAUGUUUUGCUUGUAGGACUGGUAACCAAGUCUUGCAAGACUGCCUUCUGAGAAAAAAGCUCAGUUUUCAUUGGGCUAGAGAAGAGGGAAAAAAGUUUGGUGGUCUCCAGCACGGAUCAUGAAGGUCCAGGUCAUUGCAUGCCCCCCAGUUUCCUGUGUGAUGGCCACUGUGUCAAACUCCUUCAGUGUAAGCCAGUGAAGAGUGCAGAGCUAAAUGCAUCAAGGUGUUCAGCCUGUGAGGGAGUGCAGACAUGAGUACUGGUGGUAAGCUGUACAACAGGAUGAAAAAUGAAUGCAAUGAUUUCUUUGGACACAAGGUUGGACCCAAGCAAAUAGAACAAGACAGACAUUAUGCAGAAGAAGAGCACCUCCUUGUGUGCUUAUUGAGGUCGAAUAAUGACAGUCAGGAUGCCAGCACCUACAGCUAUUUAUAUAUUUUUAUUUGAGUGCAAUAAUGAGAUGUGUUGCUUCUGAUGCUGCUACAGACCAUGGAACAGCACCUUUUGUCAAAUGGCUUGCUCUCUUAGAGAGAAAAACCUAAUUCAUAACUUACGGAUCUCGAGUGGCUUAAAGAGAGCAGUGUGGAAGGUGAAUUUAGUCAAGUCACUCAUAUAAAUAAUCAAAGCAGCAACAUUGUUACGAAACAUGAUUGGGAACCCCCAGGUUUCUUUGAUGUCUCCAUAUGUUACAGGAACAAGGGAGCAUGUUUAUUUGCAAAGAAUUAGGCAUUCUCUGCAUUUUUUAGGUUUUAUUUUCCAUCUUGCUGUCAAGCUUUCUUCACAGUUCCUCAGCAUUUCUUCCGCUGGCCCAUUUUAAUUUCACAGUUUAGAUAACAGGGCUAGAAGCUAGAGAAAUUGCUACUCAAGUUCUUUCAUUUUUAAGAUACUCAAGAGUAGCUUUGAAAGGGCAGAAUCCUUCAAACUGUACCAUCUGAUAGGUGUCUAGCUGGCUUGAGCCACCUCUAAAGUAUUAACUGUGCCCUGUGCAAACAUUUGUCGCCAUGUCAAACCCUUCUAAAUAUCUUAUUCCCUCCUUUAUCUUUCUUAGAUUAUCACCUUGCACCAUUCUUGGCUGCAAUAGCUUAGGUUUAGAAGGGAGCAGAAGGCUUUUUCCAGCCCACUUGUGUUUUCCUUGCUUGGCUCACGUGCCCUGUUCCUGCUCUCCUGACAUUCCUGGGUCUCUAUGGAGGAUUGCUCUUGGGGUUCCUCUGGAGUGAGCCAGCAGGGGAAUGGGACAGCUUCUCACCUGGAAUAAAGUAGUGCUGUAGCAUUUGUGGUCAGUAACCAUAGCUGAACCGCACAGCUUUAUUUUGGCAGAAGAUUGAGUCUUCUCCAACACAGUAAAACUCAUGCACCUCUUUGAAUCCAAAUGCAUGUUAGCCUUGCAGUUUAAAUUUUUCUUUUUGCAGUGAGAGCUCAAAUUUUUGCUAAGAGGAAUUCAGAACUGUCCUACCCUGCACAUACCUUUGAGUGAGUGUGAUAUCGUGUACCAAAACUCAGAAGAGUUUACAAAAAAUGUUUACUGUAACUUUAGUUCCCCAUUAGAUUCAGUCAUGCAAUGGCUAUUUUUUUUUCCAUCCCUUUAAAAGCAUUCUUCCUCCUGACUGCAUUCCAAAGUAGGUGUGAGAUAACUCACUAAAUCACCAUCUAAUUUAUAACUUUGACAGUCAUUCUGUGAGUCAUGGCUUUAUUAUUACAGAAAUGCAACCCACAAACAUUUUUUUCCUUAAAGCUUCAGUUUGUUUGGUCCCAAAGAAAGCUUUGAUGCCAUGUUACCCAACAGACACUCAAGGACCAUGAUUCCACCCAGGGCUUCAUCUCAUGGACUCUAUGCCUGACUUUUUUUAAAAUUAUUGUUUAUUUAUUUUUAUUUGUCUCCUUUUCCUUAUAUUGCUUCAUCUUCCCCUUUCCCUUUUGUGUUGAUGUAGCUUUUGUGUGUGCUGUUCUGUUGCUUGCAGCCCAAGCUUUUAGGGUCACGUUGGAACUGAAGUGUCUCAACCCUAUCCCCAAGCUGUACUUUUUCUUUUAAACCACUGUUCAUGCAGUAUUCCAUAGAGUUAAAUGGCAUGAGCAUGACUACUAAGAGCCCAUUAGAAAUUGCUACCUCCUCCUUUCUUCCUCCAGUCAAAAACAAUGGUAUUUGUAACCGGAGACAGCCUUAUGCAACACACAAACAUCUCAAGUAUGGUAAAUGAUUUCCAAUUGUUCCAUGUGUCUAAGUAAUUCCUGGUCCCCCACUUCCGAUAUCUUUUGCAAUUUUUAUUAAAACAAUUGCUUACUUUUUUUCUACUAGUGCCUGGAUGUUUUUAUGUGAACUGCGGAUGCUUUUUCUAUCCUGAAAUUUUUGCAGCCUUGUUAAUGAUUUACAUGUAAGAAUACAUACUAAAAUUGGGGAUGGGACAUACCCCAAAGAGAAAAGUGUAUUUGUUCUAUACAAUCAGCAAAACUGGGUGAGUUGUUGCAUGGCAACAGCUUUCUGAUCUUCAAUAGUUUUUGGUUAGUGAAAACCUUUGAGCUUUGUUGAGCAAGUAUGAGUCAUGCCAUUGAGGUAUCAUUUUUAAGACCUUGGCUGAAUGUUUGCAGUCUGCCUGGAAGACUCUGGAGGAUCUCUGACGGGUCAGCUCCCAUUGCAGGCUUAGGUCUGAACCCAUGAACUGAAUUGAUAAGUAACACUGAAGUCCUUGCUGUAUCUGAGGCACCUGGAAGCAGUGCGUUUUUUUUUUAAUAGGUCUUCACAUCUCCUUGUUCAGUAUUUAAAAAAAAACAGAAGCAACUACAAUCACUAUUCAUUCUUAAGAUUGUUAGACCAUAUAUGCAUGCUCUCAUUCUCAAUAGAAAUUUGAUGCAUGUCAAUGCCACAUCUUUCUCCUGAUUUUUCAUCUCACACCACGUAUUGCUUUUUUUUCUUUGAGUUGUCCACUGCAGUUUAGAAAAGGUGUAUCAGAAAUCUUGUAAGGGUAGGCUCUUUUUCUUUCCAAUAUAAGAUGAGAUAGUUCUUUGGAGACUUGUGCCCUUACUCAGGCACCUGACCUGAACUGCUUUUGAAUAAUUCAUGGCUCUACCCAACAGUGUGAUGGCAGUAUCACUUUGAUAUGUUUCAGCAUCAUGUGCUAAGCUCCAUAUUUUACUGCUUGUGGUUAACCCAAUUGUUCCACGUGCCGAGCAGUUGUCAUCAAUCUUUCUGUCACAAUCUGCGUCUGUCAAAGUUUGGCCUUCAGAAAUGUCUGGAAGGAAAAUGGCAGUGGUCACAGUGUGGAAAGGCAGGAAAAAUAAAAGCCCUGUUGAAUGCAUGGGUGCUGCAGAAUGUAUAGCUAGUGCAUAUGGAACAGAGGGGAAAUCUGACUCUGGUAGCCUGAAUAGUAUUGCUGGAAGAGAAUUUGCAGCCUAUGCUUGCUGAGGAAAGUGAACAAAAUAGGCAACACUCAAAUGUAUAGAAAAAAGCUUUUUGACUGUUGAGAAGUCUCAUUUUGGAAACCAUUGACUAUUACAUAAGAGGUACCAUCCCUGCCAUUAUUCUGCCAAAAAAAUUAUUCAAGCAAAAGUUUACAUGAAGGAGUCUGUAAAGCAGAGGAAGGAAAACCUUCAGGAACAGAAUUAUCUUUUAUGGCCCAAAUAGGUGUUGGUGAUGAAUUCCUCUGGCUGCCUCAUUGAUAAGAUACUGAAAAGCCAGGGCAUUUUGUGAAGAAAUGUCAGCAUGAUGAGUGAAAACACGUCACCAAGUCUGCAGAUCCUGAAAUGAGAAAAUGCCAAAAGAAACAUGCAGGUUUUAUUUCCUCAGCUGUUAUCAUGAGAGAUCACAAUCCUGUUGAGCAGAAAAGCAAUGCUGCUUUUUAAAACAAGCCACAAAUUAAGUGAUCAGAGACAAGAGGUUUGAGUUGAUGUGUUGGUUUUUUUUUGCCUUUCUAAAGUGACUAAUUGACCCUUGGCAUUAUACACCUUUGGGAAUCUGGUGUGAUGCACAUACAUGGAGUCUGAUUUUUUUCAGAAGGUGUUGAGCACUUCCCCCUCUUCCACUGAAGCCAUACUUCAGGUUGUGUAAAAGCAACAGAAGGUCUGUGGGGAUUUCCUCUGAAGCUAGUAUGCAAACAGCAGUCGGAAGACUCCAACUCUUAAAAGUAUAGAGAACCUUAAAUAG